CAAUUUCAGUCUCUUACGACCACAGCCAGUGAAUAAUAUUUGCGCCAGGAAGACAUUCACCAUCAGCAAUUGGCUUUGUUCGCUGCUGCCAACAACAAACGCUCCAGUGUCGCAUCUACAACAAACAAUAAAUAAAACUACUUUGUUACAAUAACAAACAAACAAACAUUAAUAUUCAACAAAAUGGCCGAAAACGUCGUACGAAUGACAAACGAACAACUGCAGUCACUAAUCGAGUCGGUACGUUUGGCCGCCGUGGAAGGCGCCAGCAGCGCCGUUUCAGCUACCAUCCAAACCAAGGGCAACUUCACCAACUGUAGCAUCCGGUUUGGAGGUCAGCGUGACCAUGAGGCUGUCGAGCAGUUCAUCACCUCCAUUGUUACCUACAAAGAAAUCGAGUCGAUCAGCGACGAAUAUGCGCUUAAGGGGCUAUCUUUACUGUUCUAUGGUCUAGCGUCCACUUGGUGGCAAGGCGUGCGCAAAGAAGCGAAAACUUGGGCGGACGCCAUCGCUCUGAUACGCGACCACUUUUCGCCCACCAAACCCGUAUACCAGAUUUACUUGGAGAUCUUUGAAAACAAACAAGACGACCGCGCUGCUAUUGAUACGUUCAUCUGCCAGAAGCGCGCUCUACUUGCACAACUGCCAGAGGGACGUCACGACGAGGAAACCGAGUUAGAUUUGGUCUAUGGUCUGCUGAACAUCAAGUAUCGUAAGAAUAUUCUACGCCAAGACAUUAAGACAUUCCGCGAAUUACUUGAGAAGGGCCGUAUUAUCGAACACCUUAACUUGAAAUCAAAGGAAGUGCAAACAGGUCCAGUGCGUGAUUUUAAACUUACCAAACGAUGUACACAUUGCAACUUCCGAGGUCACACAUUCGCAGAGUGUCGAAAGCGGAGAACUUCGAACGAUGAAUCAAAUACGGUGACUACCACACACACACACACACAACACCAACCAAUGGAAAAUGACAUCAUAGCUUAGUGACGUCUCAAUCUGAGCAGCUUACGCCGGUACCGUAUUACUGAAGCAAAACUUUCGCUCUCACCAACGAAGCGGAGAAACAGCAUCCAACGGUGUUGAUUUGUUGAUGAAUAGCGGCAACAACAGCAACAAAACUAUUUAGACUUAGUAUUAGUACAUAAAUUCACAUAUACAUACAUAGAAAUAAUUAUUGUGAGUUCGAGUUGUUCUUUGCCCCUACAAAACUAUUGGAAUUUUUACGUGGAAGGGCAAAGUUUUCUUUGCACUUUAGCGGUGCUUUGAUUGCUUUGUCUUAAAUGCGUUAUUAUUUCCAAUAGAGUUGUACGGAGUGGCGGCACCUUGGACUCACAAACGUCUUUCAUCCAACCGCAAACGCGAGUUCACGCUGUGUCAAGCACGGCUCCAGAUGGCUACGAACGCCAGCAAUGGAGUUCCUUCAUUGCCGAAAACAAUAUUUCUUCAACCCGUGAAGAUAUUUGAAAUCAGAUUUUAAACAAAACGAAUUAUUAUAUUCGAGUCACAAUUCGAACCAGCCAUACUUCAACAAUAUUGGUGACAAUUUGCUUCACCUCAUAUUGCGUACAUGGAUGAAGUUUUUUUUUUUUCAAUCUAAAAUUAUAGUGAUCUCAUUCUAUAGUAGCCAUGAGGUUGGAGACUUGUAAGCAUUAGUUGGAAUAUCUGCGGACAUUCUUGAGCCCCUAUAUGAACCUACAGGUCUCACCUUCGGGAUACAUAGAAAGUGACCAUAAAUUUUUGCUUGAAGAAGAAAGUUUGAUUUCUUGUGUGACUUGUUGAAGUCCGAAGCAGAUUGCUGCCUUUAUGAAGAUGACUGAGGAGAUGAGUGCUCGAAACACCGCUGCAUUUGCUUGCUGAUGACAGUGGUACGAAAGUCAUUCAGUGAGAACUUGACUGGAACACCUUUGUAUUUGUGGCUAAUUAAGAUAUGCAUUCUGACGUCUGCUAAACGUUUGGUUCACGGCUUUCUUCGGCGAUGUUCCUUAUGUUUGACCACUUCAGUUUGCGUAAAUCAGUUGCAAAUGCAAAGCUGGUAAAUUCCUGCAAUGACGAUGACUUUUGGACAAUGUUGCCCGCUCUCGAAUGUGGCACAAAGCCUCCAUUGCAUAUAUGUAGAGGUGCUGCUUGACAUUUUGUGUGUUGCAUUUGUACAGCUUGGCGAACCAUUCGGGAGUUUCUUGCGCCUUAAGAGAGCCCCUUUUGCGUGUGAGUGGCACCUGGUGGGUCUCAUCUAGCUGAGGUACUAAUGCUUUUCGCAACAUGUUGGCAGUAAAUCUACGUGUGGCAAAAGUAAAUAUCACCUACGAAAAAGAUGAUUACUUUUCUAAUCACAUUUUUGUAGUGAUAUCGAAAUGCGCACAAUUGGCACGCCGAAUUGGCGAUCUGCGGGCUGUGCAAACUUCCCUGUAGCGUCAAGCGUAUGGCACGCCAACUGCCAAUGCACUCAUGCAUUCACUCAACCCUACGGCUUGGGCAAUGCAUUGUGAGCAUAGAAAUUACGAUCUCCAAUGCGGCAAUCAUAGGGAACGGCUUUAAAUAGUUAAGUUAGUUUUCUGUGUUGUACUGUGUAUUGUAGUGCUAGGCUUAGUAUUAACAGUAAAAAACAAAAACACAAAAAAAGAGAAAAAACAAAAAACAAACAAAAAAAAAGCAACAAAUAAUCGCUAAACAAUAGAAACAGAAAUGAAGAAGUCCUGCUAAAGACAAA